CUCUUUUUCUCACCUAGAACUUUCGAAACUCUGAUUGGGCAACUCAGAAGCGAAAAGAGAGGGCCCCACUCCCUUCUGACCUUUUCCUUUUGUAUUUUCCCGAGAAAUUUCUCUCUCCUAACAGACAACCCCCCUCCGCUCCUCUCUCUCUGUCUCAACGGCUUUAAUUUGAAAUUCUCGGACGCGCACUUCGUUGUCUCCUUUAUAUUAAUCACAGCACAGUACAAAUACCAGGUUUCUAAUUCUUCAUUGCCGGCCACACACCAAACCAACCUCUAUCUCUUAGGGUUUGUGCUCUCUGAAAUGUGUUUUUGGGGCAACAUCCGCUUUUAGGGAAUCAUUUGCAAAAAGAAGAGAUGAAAAAGAGUUGGAAGCACGAAGAGGUAAAUGAGUAUCUUCAUGGAAAAAAAAACCUAUGAGCGCAUGUGAAGAGCAGAAGAGGCUGGUCAAGGAGCCCUAAAUUCCUAAUCCAGUUGGUUCCUUUUUGAAAGAAGACAAGAAAUUGAAGUUGAAAAAUAAAUUUGUUGAUUUGGCAUCUAGAGUAAGCCCCCGUAGUACUAGGAUGGCAUCUGUUUUUGAUGACAUACGGAGCAAACCCGAGGUUAUUGAUCCUCCUCAAAGUGAAGACAUGAUGGAUGUUGGUGAAAAUGUGAAUGAUCCGGCUCCAAAUGCUCUAAAACCUAAUACGACUGUUUCUAGCAGUGUCCGUGAGCUAUUGGAGUGCCCUGUGUGCUUAAACGCCAUGUACCCUCCUAUCCAUCAGUGUUCAAAUGGUCACACAUUGUGUUCUGGUUGCAAGCCCCGGGUGCACAACCGGUGCCCCACUUGCAGGCAUGAACUUGGCAAUAUAAGAUGUCUAGCAUUGGAGAAGGUUGCUGCUUCUUUGGAACUUCCAUGUAAAUAUCAGAGUUUUGGUUGUAUGGGCAUAUACCCAUAUUACAGCAAACUCAAACAUGAAUCUCAAUGCGUCUAUAGACCCUAUAACUGUCCUUAUGCUGGAUCAGAAUGCACUGUCAUUGGUGAUAUUCCUUCUCUGGUGGCCCACUUGAAAGAUGAUCACAAAGUUGACAUGCACAGCGGCAGCACUUUCAACCAUCGCUAUGUCAAAUCAAAUCCACAAGAAGUUGAAAAUGCCACAUGGAUGCUGACGGUCUUCAGUUGCUUUGGUCAGUACUUUUGUCUGCAUUUUGAAGCUUUCCAGCUUGGGAUGGCUCCGGUCUACAUAGCAUUCCUGCGAUUUAUGGGAGACGAUAAUGAGGCAAAGAACUACAGCUACAGCCUAGAGGUUGGUGGAAAUGGCAGGAAGAUGAUUUGGCAGGGGGUACCUAGAAGCGUUAGAGACAGUCAUAGGAAGGUUCGUGACAGCUUUGAUGGCCUCAUCAUCCAACGCAACAUGGCUCUCUUCUUCUCUGGGGGAGACCGAAAGGAAUUAAAGCUUAGGGUGACUGGUAGGAUUUGGAAAGAGCAGUGAAUAGGAAUUUCAGCUUUAUCUUCUUUCCCUUCUAUUUUGCCUUAUAGUAAGUAGGUCAGUCGGUUCUGGCACCAUCAUGGGUCUUCUGUUCAUGUAUUUUCUGGAAUUCAAGAGGCAAACUCUCUUUGCUUGUCCAUGCAUAAAAUACAUGAGUGGGAAGGCAUGCCUGUUAUCUAUAAUCACAAUAUAUAUCUAUUUGUAGAUGAAUUAUAGUCUGGUGCUGGUACUUUUUCCUUUUGUGUUCUUGCAUGUAUGAAUACAUCAGUGCUUGAAUAGCUUUGAAUGCCCAA